UUUGGUCCAGUAUUCCUUGGAAAUGUCCCCCUGGAUUAUAAGAUGCACCAAGAAGAAAGAGAGAAGGCUGGCUUUCUGGGGUGCAUUCGAGAUCUGCAAGUCAACACAAAGGAGGUCUUUAUUAUGGACGAGGCCAUCAGAGGAAGAAAUGUUAAAAACUGCAAAGAAUUCAUUUGUCAGGGUCAAAUCUGUCAAAAUGGAGGGACAUGUGUCAGUGAUGGCGAGACCUGGUUUUGCCGAUGCCCUGAACUGUACUCUGGAAAACUGUGCCAGCACAAUGCCUGUGAUAGAAGUCCAUGUGGACAUGGAGCUACCUGCAUUCCCAAAUCCAACCAAGAUGCCAUGUGCCUCUGCCCUUUAGGAAGACAAGGACUCCUCUGCAGUGACCGUAAGUAGCAAACCUAAGUGUUUACAAAACAUGGGGAUCAGAAGGGGGAAUGGAGUUUUACUGGUAGAAACACUGAAUCGGACCAUGAUGAGCAGCAGUUAAUGAUACAGUCGAUACGUCUG